AUGACGGACAAUCGCAAAGUCUUCUUCUUCGACAUAGACAAUUGCCUAUACUCCAAAAGCAAGAAAGUCCAUGAACUGAUGGGGGAUUUAAUAGACAAAUACUUUCAGACACAUCUGUCAUUGUCACAAGAGGAUGCCAACGAAUUGCAUAUGCGGUACUACAAGGACUAUGGGCUUGCCAUCGAGGGACUUGUACGCCAUCACAAGGUCGACGCACUCGAGUACAACGAGAAGGUUGAUGACGCCCUACCACUCGAGGAGAUCAUGUCCCCGGAUGCAAAGUUGCGCAAACUGCUCGAGGAUCUUGACACUUCCAAGGUGAAGCCCUGGCUCUUCACCAAUGCCUAUGUCAACCACGGCAAAAGGGUAGUCAAGCUGCUAGGUGUUGACGACAUGUUCGAAGGCAUCACCUAUUGCGAUUACUCCGCAGCUAGAUUUCUCUGCAAACCAGCGCCCGACAUGUUCAAGAAAGCUAUGGCUGAGGCAGGUGUCACGUCGGCGGACGACUGUUACUUCGUUGACGACUCGGCCAUCAACGCCGCGGGUGCAACUAAGCUCGGUUGGACUGCUGCCCACUUGGUAGAACCGGGCGUGACUGCACCUCCGACCCGGGUCUCCAAAUAUCAAAUCAACAACCUCGAGGAACUAAGACGCAUUUUCCCUCAGUUCUUCAAGUCGAGCUGA